AUGACAGUAGCUUCAACAUCUAAUCCACCCAAAGACAGCCCAUACCCCCUUCAAUGCCCGAUGCUAACCUCAUCAAAUUACAAUACAUGGUCGAUAAAGAUGCAAGCUAUUAUAGAUGCCCAUGGUUUGUGGGAUGCCAUUGAGCCACCAACCGGUGAGGUUGUGGAUGAGAAAAGGAGUAAGCAGGCUCGAGCUUUCAUCUUCCGGUCGAUCCCAGAAGAGAUGCUUGCACAGGCAGCGAAGAAGAAGACAGCCAAGGAGGUUUGGAACUCUCUAAAGUCACGAUUUAUGGGUGCAGAGAGGGUCCAAAAGGCAAGGUUACGGGUACUGAAAAUCGAAUUUGAGGCACUCCAGAUGAAGGAAACGGAGACCAUAGAUGAAUAUGCAGGGAAGUUAUCUGUUAUGAUUUCAAAGUUUGGAAGUGCAGGGGCAAUUCUGGAAGAUGAAGAAUUGGUAAGGAAGCUAUUUGAUACUGUCCCGGAAAAGUUUAUAAAUCUUGUGGCAUCAAUUAAGCAAAGCUCCGAUCUGGAGUCUAUGCCAUUUGAGGAGGCAAUUGGGCACUUAAAGGCUUAUGAAGACCGACUCCGGCUCCGGAAGGCAAACUCAGGUUGUGAUAAUGCCCCGUUACUUGCAAAAUCUGAGGGCUCCACAAGUCAUCGAAGUCCAAGCAAGACCAGGGGUCGGGGCAGAGGUACAUGUAGUGACAGAGGUGGAAGAGGUGGUUCACGGGGUCGGGGGUCAACUCGUGGAAGAGGCGGACGUUCUGGUGGUAGUUCACGACAGGAAGCAAAUAACUCCAACCGGAAGCCACGAGACAAAAUCCAUAUAAGGUGUUUCGAGUGCCAAGAACUUGGCCAUUAUGCUUCUGAAUGUAAAGCCAAGAAGCAGCAAGAUCAGGAGGUGAACUUAGCUGCAAAUGAAGAUAGACCUGCCCUGCUGUUAACUGUACAUGGAGAAGAAGAAGCAAGUAUGGUUCUUCUGAAUGAGGAGAAGGUGUAUCCAAACCAGUUAAAGGAAAGAGAACAUAACAACAUGUGGUACCUAGACAAUGGGGCUAGUAACACAUGA